UGACAUAAGUUUUGACAACGGCAAUUCUUCCCAAAAUAUUCUCUUUGGGUGUUGUGUUGAGUUUGUUUUUAAAUAGAAUUAGAAAUAAAAUCAGAAUACAGAAUAAUGACAAACAACUUUAAAGAAUUUGAUAAAAACUCAUCAGAUGAGGAUUCAUCUACUUACAAUGAUUCGAGUGAAGGUGAAUUAUCAGAUAAUGAUGAUUCAGACCAAAAUGAAAUGAGUGAAGAUGAAACCAGCGAAAAUAAGGUAGAAGAGGAAGAUGAUGAUGAAGAUGAAGUUAUUAAAGCAAUAAAAGCUGAGAAAAACAAACCCAGAGAUCAUCCCCCAAAUAUAAUAUGUGAAGAUUUCAUUGUUGAUAUAUCACUUCACCCUUCCAGAAAUUUAAUAGCGAUUGCAAACAUCGUGGGCGAUGUAUUACUAUAUGAAUAUAACAAUGAAGAAACAAAACUUCUGAACACAUUGGAACUUCAUCUCAAAGCCUGUAGAGAUAUUGAAUUUGAUAAUGAGGGAACCACCUUAUAUUCAACUGCUAAAGAUAAGACCAUAAUGGCAACAGAUGUUGAAUCAGGGAAACUAAAGAGAUGCUAUGAAAAUGCCCAUGAUGAACCAGUUUAUAGACUUGUAAAUCUGGAUAAUAACAAAAUUGUUACUGGUGAUGAUGGAGGUACUGUCAAGUUAUGGGAUAUGAGAAAACCUGAUCCUAUAUUUAGUAUCAAAAUUGGUGAAGAACAUGUCUCUGAUAUGAUAACUAAUGAUGCACAGAAGUAUUUAGUUUGUGCAAGUGGAGAUGGUGUUCUCACUUCUAUUGACCUCAAAGGAAGUAAAAUAUUCACGACAUCAGAAGAAUAUGAUUCGGAAUUAACUUGCUUAGGACUAUUUCGAUCAGAUACUAAGCUACUUGUAGCUUCAUCAGUUGGAAAAUUAUAUUUAUUUAAUUGGAAAGAAUUUGGCCUUCACAGUGAUGAAUAUAUUGGACAAAAACAUGCCAUCCAGUGCAUGGUCCCAAUUACACAAAACAUAGUAGUUACAUCAGGUGAAGAUGGUGUAUUGAGAGCAGCACACAUGUUCCCACAACGUCAGCUGGGUGUAGUGGGCCAACAUAGACUUCCUGUGGAACGUCUUGACAUAAGCCAUGAUGGCCAAUAUAUUGCUUCAUGUUCACAUGACAAUGAUGUUAAAUUUUGGAAUAUAUCAUACUUUGAAUCAAUUGAUUCCAUUAUAGAUGUUAAUCAUAAACAAAAUAAAAGAAGAGACCUAAGUAAUAACUUACCAUCAAGUAGUAUAAAAAACGCUUCAGAUUUCUUUUCUGGUUUAGCUUAAUACAAAGUUCAUACAUCAUUAUUGAGAAUUUUGGUUUCAUUUAUAUUUAUACUAAUAUAUAAAGAGAAAACAGCUUUCACACAAAGGGCCAUUUUCAAAAAUUUCACCAUUAGAAAGCUGCAUCUUUACUGCGCAAGAUAUGGUUUACAACACACAUAUAUUUCUCAUAAACGAUUUGGCUUGACUGAGAAAUACAAAAUAUACAUAAGUCGGUACAUGAAUGCAAACCAGUGCCAGAACAAUACAUAUGUAUAUCCACUACAUAUUAUAAAUAAUCAAUUACAUUUGUAUACUUAAAUCCAUACACAAUAAAGGAGAUGGAUCAAUAUUGCUGCCCAACCUAUAACAAUGUGACAUACCUCAAAAAAAAUUAUAUAUAAAUAAAUAUGGAAUACUUCCUAACUUCAUUUUUCUACUCUUUCAUAUUAUGAAGUACCUGCUAAGAAAAUAGACCAGUCGCUGUUUUGAACAAUUUGUUCGUAUGAGUAUUUAUGGACCAAUUUUAUAAAGUUUUUUUUUGUUAAGGGUACCUACCCAUAAGGCCUACGGCCAUAAAGUGAGGUCUCUGGGAUCCAGGAGAAAUAAAAGUAAAACCUCAAAAAUAAACUAACUAUUUCUUAA